AGUCAAGUUGCAGUGUCAAAGGCACUCUGAAUUUGAUCCCACAACAUAUGAAGCAGAACUAGAGCUUUUUAGGUCAAGUUAUCCGAUCCGGGCGUAGUGCAACGUGCACCGGUACACUUCGAACUGCGAACCCCCAUAUUGCGCAUAUAUAAGAUAUAAAACUACGAGGCAAACCCCAAAUGCAUCAUCAUAUACCAGAAUCAAAAUGCAAACGCCACACACUCCCCUCGACACCUCAAUGGCCGAUGAUGAUACUCCACUUCAAAACAACCCUCAAGAUUUUGGAAAAUCGCUUCACGGGUGCAAUCAUUACCGGAGAAGAUGCAAAAUUCGUGCUCCCUGUUGUAAUCAGAUAUUUUUCUGCCGUCAUUGUCACAACGAAGCCACGAGCGCGUUGACAAACCCUAAGGAACGCCAUGAAAUUGUUCGGCACGACGUUAAACAAGUUAUAUGUGCAAUUUGCAAUACUGAACAGCAGGUUGCUCACGUCUGCACCAAUUGUGGAGUGAAAAUGGGGGAAUACUUCUGUGGGAUUUGCAAGUUCUAUGAUGACGAUAUUUCAAAGGAACAGUUCCAUUGCCAUGACUGUGGAAUAUGUAGAGUUGGAGGUGGUGCGAAAUUCUUCCACUGCCAAAAGUGUGGAUCUUGCUAUGAUGUAACGUUGCGUGAUAAUCAUGCAUGUGUGGAGAACUCUAUGAAAAACCACUGCCCUAUAUGUUAUGAGUUUCUUUUUGACUCUAUCAAGGGUGCAACAAUCAUGAAUUGUGGACACACGAUGCACAUGGAUUGCUACAAGGAGAUGAUCAGCCAAAAUCAAUACCGUUGUCCCAUUUGCUCAAAAGCGGUGUGUGAUAUGUCUAGAACCUGGCGAAGAUUAGAUCAGGAGAUUGAAGCUACUGCCAUGCCUGAAGAAUACCGAUAUGAGAUUCCAAUCCUGUGCAAUGACUGUAACAAUACUAGCAAAACAUCGUUUCAUAUUCUUGGACACAAGUGCAGUAACUGCAAGUCUUACAAUACACGAAGAAUUGGGACACCAAACAACUCGUUGGAGCCACAGAUUUAAUUUAUUGGGAAUGGUAAAUUAACACAUCUGUCACUAAAUCCAUAUAGAUAGAUCCAUCCAUCCAUCCAUCGUUAGACAGACAGACAAACAAAUAGAUGUUUUGUUGCUAGAUUAAAACCAUGAUUAUUAUUAUUAUUUUUCUUCUAAGUAUUUAGAUUCAUGCAUUUUGCUACCAAUUUGUUGUAGAAUCGCAAAAGCUCACAAUCAAUAAGUGAUGUAGGUUUUGUUAUUAUUAA